UCCACCUCCACUGUUGUACAUGAAGCAAUUCGACCGGAUCACCAAACAACAGCUCACGCUGAUCGAGCACUAUCGCGUCGCGCAAGCAGAACACUGCAAACUGGGCCGAAACAGCAUGGCGCAAUUGAUGGAUGCGAACAAGGCGUUUGCUACCAACAUGAACACAUUAGAGCCCGAGAGCUGGCAGACUGGGCUGGAAGAUUGCGGCGAUUUCUAUACUCAUCGAUGGAGAGAGCACCUAAGAUCCAUUUGGGAAACACCACGUACAGGAACGGAGAAGGCGGCAUUGCAUUCAAAGCUUUUUUUAUAUUUCUUGCUACAGGUCUAACGCCGAUGGCUUAUUGUCUGAAAUACUGUGUGAUAUCCAACAAUCGGUACACGCUAUACCAGCGCACAUUCGGUCGGAUGCGAGAAUAUCGGAGGCCAAAGAUUAACCUGAAGGCGUUAGCGGAUGCCAUCAGUGGACUUCUAGGUGGCACAUUGACCGAAGAACAAGCAGACGAGCUUUUCUCGCUGUUUGAAUUAACACCAGAGAACAGAUCUUUGACGCUAGAAGAGUUCUGUGUGCUCUGCGCAGUGGCGGAACGUCUAUACUAUCAGAAAAACUUACGUUCCCUGACGGAAGAGACACAACAAAUGCAGAGAGGAUUGCUGGAAGCUGUCGAUUUUCACAGGUUACAUACAAGACUAAUCGGACUGGACGUUAUGACUUCGCUGAGAAGAUUCCUGCAACGGAUAAUGGAAACAGGUCUGGGCGCCCUGGCAGCAUCUCAACCCAAGUACAACAAGGACUAUUUCCUCAAACUUCAACCGCAUCCUGCAUCGGUCGUUGCACAGAUUCCCAAGGUCCACUUUAUUUGCUGCAUACGGCAGAGUGGAUAAGUAAAAACGUGUCACCACUUGCGUCUUCUUCUCUUUUCUCCACUUAUCUCUCUCGCUCCCCUUCCAACCCCAAAAUACUAGCCUUUCUUCUAUAAUUCCCAGCUUAAUGUGUAGUGUGCAUAGAUUUCCUAUUUUUGUGCUUUAUCUCACUUCGUUUUUAAACGGUAAUGUACAGUCUGUUUUAACUGACGGUCCUUCGAUACACUCUUCUCAAACUACCGAACGCGCGUUCUGCUUUUUUUCCUGCGGCAGACUGACUGGAUUUCGUCUCUGUGACUGGGAACUCUGAACUUCGUCGAUCCAAGACUUCUUAAUAUCAUCCUUCGACUAUUUCGUCAGAGUGCGAAACCUUUGUGGAAUGAGUCAAGCCAGUAACAUCUGAGGGUCAGCGUUUACCUUUCCUUUUUCUGACAUUGAUUCGUUCCUUCUUCUGGUAGUCUAAGACUAAUCUCCACUUCACUACAAAAUUGGUGACCAAGUUGCUCCCUUUACAAACCUGAACAUUUUGCCAACUGUGGGUUGUCAGUUAACACCACUCCUUACAUUGACUAU